AUGUCGGACUGGGAGGCGGAGAGCGGCGACGAGCAGGCACCGGGGCCCCGGGCUGAGUGGAGGCCGCCCGCGGCCCCCAGGCCGGGCCAGAGCCGCCCCCGGAGGGAGCAGGGGGGCGGGGACCGGUGGGAGAUCCGCGGGGAGUCGAGCCGGGGCCGGAGGGGGAGACCAUCCGGGACCGGGGGCCGAGGAGGCGGCGGCGGGUCGGCCCGGAAUUUACCUUCUCCAUCAACUUGCCCUUUCCUCAGCUUCUACAUGGAGAGUGCGGCGGUGGGCUCCGUGAUAGGUCGAGGAGGAUCUAAAAUACGUGAGCUGGAAGAAACAUCAGGAUCAAAAAUACAGAUAUUAAAAGGAGAUUUUGAAGUGGAAGUGAAGCUGUUUGGAAGCCACGCAGCCCAGCUGAAAGCCAAGGAACUAAUUGAGAAUAUUGUUGAGAGGAGAAAUGCAGAUGAGGUGGAUGGAGCUAAGAGGUCUGACCGAAGCAUCUCAUCGAAAUUAAGUAGCAGUGCAAGGACCAGCUCUGAUACUUACUCUGCUAAAUGCAGCAACGUGAACACACCCCGUCCAGUCAUCAACUGGAACUCACUGCGUGCAAACAAAGAGAAAUAUGAAGCCAUGAAGUGGGCUGGCCUUUCACCAAUUAAAAAAAACUUCUACAUCGAAGCUGAGACAGUUGUCAAUAUGACACCAGAAGAAGUCACAAAUUGGAGAAAGUUAAACAACAAUAUAAUAUGUGAAGAUAUGAUUGAAGGCAGUAAACGACACAUUCCUAAUCCAGUGCGCACAUUUGUGGAAGCUUUUGAGCAUUAUCCAGAGGUCAUAGCAAACAUCAAGAGAGUUGGGUUCCAGCAUCCAACUCCUAUCCAGUCUCAAGCGUGGCCAGUAAUUUUACUGGGGAUUGACUUGAUUGGAAUAGCGCAGACUGGAACCGGAAAAACCCUGGCAUACCUCUUACCUGGUUUCAUCCACCUGGACCUACAGCCAGUGCAGCGGGAGAAAGGUGAUGGCCCAGGGAUGUUGGUACUCACUCCAACAAGAGAGCUUGCUCUUCAGAUACAGGAAGAGUGCAACAAGUACAGUUACAAAGGAAUUAAGAGCAUUUGUAUUUAUGGAGGAGGAAGCCGUAAAGAUCAGAUCAGUUUUGUAACAAAAGGAGUGGACAUAGUUAUUGCAACUCCCGGGCGGUUGAAUGAUCUUCAAAUGAACAAUUUCAUCAAUCUGAAGAGCAUCACAUAUUUGGUGUUGGAUGAGGCAGAUCGCAUGCUGGAUAUGGGAUUUGAACCUCAGAUUAUGAAGAUCCUUUUGGACAUACGACCUGAUAGACAGACCAUUAUGACCAGUGCAACAUGGCCUGAUGGGGUUCGGAGAUUAGCAAAAUCGUAUCUGAAGAAUCCAAUGAUGGUUUAUGUAGGAACACUGGAUUUAGCAGCAGUGGAAACGGUGGAACAACAUGUACUAGUUAUCCCUGAAGAAGAGAAAAGAAGCUACACACUUCACUUCAUUGAGUCCAUGAACCCUGAAGACAAAGUCAUCAUCUUUGUGGGAAGAAAGCUCACAGCUGAUGAUUUGUCAAGUGAUUUCAGUCUGCAAGGGAUCCCAGUGCAGUCUCUUCAUGGUGACCGAGAGCAAUACGAUCGAGAGCAGGCCCUGGAAGAUUUUAAGGAAGGGAGAGUUCGGAUUCUUAUUGCUACUGAUCUUGCAUCUCGUGGACUGGAUGUACAUGAUAUCACACAUGUGUUCAACUUCGACUUUCCCCGCAACAUAGAAGAGUAUGUACACAGAAUCGGGCGGACUGGCAGAGCAGGUCGUGUGGGAUCCGCAAUAACCCUCAUCACGAGGAAUGAUUGGAGAUUUGCUGCAGAAUUGAUUGCAAUUCUUGAACGAGCAUGUCAGCCUGUUCCUGAAGAACUUCUGACAAUGGCAAAAAGAUUUGAACAAAACAAAAUGAAGAAGGAAUAUGAGCGGGAGGUUGCAGCCUCCCAUGGUGAAGGCCGUAGCGGUCGCGGGCAAGGCAGAAGAGGCUGGAAUAAAAGAAACUGAAACAACGAUAUCCGCUUCUUGUUGUCUUGUAGCAGUGAAACCAAACCUGAUUUAUACAGCGCAGCAAAGUUAAAUUACUGCACAGGCUCAAUUCCAAGACACGUGAGCACUGCACUUUACUGCAUCCUUCGCUUUUGGAAAAUUUAAAAAAUGUUUUGUGCACAAUUGUUUUUUUUUCUUUAUAUAAACAGAAUGUUAUUUUCAGCUGAUGGGGGCCUAGUAUGGAAGGAAUGAAUGAGGUUCCAUAUGGUUGCUGGGAUAGCAGCAGUGUGCGAUGUUCCUAGAUGUUGAUGAUUAACAUUCUGUGUAUUCCACUGUAUUU